UGAAACUUUUCUUGAAUGGCUGGCUCUACACGUGGCGACAAGGGCCCACCCUCGGGGUUGGUCGAAAGGUUGGAUCCGUCCGGACUCUCCUCUCCACUUGGGUUUCUGAGGCCAUCGCCAACUCAACUUUCACCAGUUCGGAGGGAGGACGGCGGAAUGAUGAAGGAGGAGGAGGAGACAAAAUCCGGGAAUGGAAGCCAGGCACCUCAACCCAACCCAAUGCAAACCGCCGCGCCUGAUGCUCAGCUUUUCCAGCUCCUCUCUUGCCUUCUUCACCAGGUGGAAGCAUUGACCAACGAUGAGGAAGUUGAAUUGCGUUCCAAGAUAAAAGCACUUGGAUUAGAGGUGACAAAAGUUCCUUCAAGCUCAACGCGGCAUCUGGAUGAGCUGGAAAUAGCCAAAGAGUUGGACAAGCUGUCAACGAAGUUGGAUGAUGUGGAUGAGAUGAUAUCUUCAGCCAUAGCUUCAGAUCCGCACGUGCAAUCGCUCUUGAGUGGUACAGCUGAUAUAUGGAUGCCAGUGAUUACAGCGAGUGCUGAUGAGAGACGUAACUUUGCUGGGCCUACGGGAGAAGGUGAUGCCAGAGAAAGUGAGAAGGCUCCUAUGUAGUUCUUGUACUUGUAAAAUCAUGUCGGCUAUUUGGAAGCCGGAAAAAAUUCAAUAUAGUUGUAUGCACGACCAAAAACUUGUUCUCAGACUUGCAGAAACCAAUUUGACAUUU